AUGGGUGACUGGAACCUGCUGGGCAGCAUCCUGGAAGAGGUCCACAUUCAUUCAACUAUCGUGGGCAAGAUCUGGCUUACCAUUCUCUUCAUUUUUCGCAUGUUGAUCCUGGGUGCGGCUGCUGAGGAUGUAUGGGAUGAUGAACAGUCUGAAUUUGUGUGCAACACUGACCAACCAGGUUGCAAGGCAGUCUGCUAUGAUCGUGCCUUCCCCAUCUCUCUCAUUCGCUUCUGGGUCUUGCAGGUAAUCUUCGUCUCUGCACCCUCAUUGGUUUACAUGGGCCAUGCCCUCUACUGCAUCCAAGCCCUGGAGAAGGAGCGGCUUAGGAAACGGAUAGAGCUGAAGGAGGAGAUGGAUGAGGCAGAACUGGCAUUGGAUGAGCAUAAACGACUAGAGAAGGAGCUGAGGAAGCUGGAUGAACAGCGAAAGGUAAAAAAGGCACCUCUUCAAGGGUCCCUCUUGAGAACCUACAUCAUUCAUAUCCUUACGCGCUCAGUAGUGGAGGUGUUUUUCAUCCUUGGACAAUACGUUUUCUACGGUGUCCAAAUUCUGCCGCUGUAUAAAUGUGAGAGUAUGCCUUGCCCCAACAGUGUAGACUGUUACAUCUCUCGGCCAACAGAGAAGACUAUCUUCAUGGUUUUCAUGAUAGCCAUUGCUGGUGUUUCACUUUUCCUCAACAUUCUGGAAAUAUCCCACCUAGGCAUCAGGAAAAUCAAAAAGGCUCUCUUUGGACAGAGAUACAUUGAAAAUGAUGGUUUAAUUUUCAAGUCAAAGAGGAAGGUAUCAUUCCCACAUCAUUGUGUGAUGAGUCAUGUGUCACCGUACAAUGGACCUUUGAGUCAGACUUUCAAAGUAAUACCAGAAGAAGAUGUGAAGCCUCCUUAUUAUCCUGGGCUCAAAACGAGCCAUGAGUCUCCGAGGAACAACAGUAUGGCCUAUGUGAGGGACAUUCACACUAACUACAUCUGCCCACAACCAAGAAUACCACACCAGUCGGCCCAGAAUUAUGCCAUUUCUCAAACUCAUCAAGGUCCAGAGGUACUGCCAGCAGUAGUAGACCACCAUCUGGAUUUGGAAUCUGUAGUGUCCAAAGCAGAAGCAAAUGUAUCAAGGCCACACAAGGAUACCAAUCAGAAACAACAUAGUGAUGCCAGCCAUUUAGAGGUUCUUCUAUGCAAUAGCGCUAAAAGACCAUCUUCUAACAAGUGUGAGGAUGAUUGCAGGGACUCAGUGGGAAGUGAGGUGCUUGAACCAAAACCUCGAAAAACAAGCUUUAUGUUCAGGCCACCAUCUGAAAGUUUGUCAUCAGUCAGUCGUUCAACAAGUUCUUCCUUACAUUCCUCUGAAGAAUCAGAUGAACUGGGGUCGCUGCAGGGGGACAUGCUCAUGAUGCCGCCUGCCACAGGGCGAAGAAUGUCAAUGGCAAAGUGUGUUUCUGGACAUUUCAUCUAUCAUGAAGAAGUAAAGAGACGGUCAACAUCCUGACCACAGAAAUUGUGUUCCACAUCUCACCAACAACACUAGCUAGGUAUCAAAGAUUUAUCUGUCGACAUUGAUGCACAAGGGGCAGUCAAAAAGUAAUGCACCCAAUUUAAUUUAACCUGAUUUAAUAAUAUCUUUUAUUUUUCCAAAUUCAUCAUAGUUUGUAGUUUAAAUGCUUGUUUGAAAGUUUAUUUAAAGUAUUCAUUGGUAGAUGUCCGUCAGAAGGAGAGAGCUGUGAUUGAAUUUAUUUCGUGGAAGUGGUCCUGCCACAAAAAAUUUUUAA